AUGCCUUUCAUCACAAGUAAAUCAUCCGCAGAAGAUGCCCUUCGAAAUAUGUUUUUGAACACCAGAACAUGGAAUGACAUGGUCAUCUCUGAGACUUGUAGUGAGAUGCGUGAAUCAAUGUUCUCUGAGCUCUCGGAAAGUAUCUUCUCUUUUCUAAUUGAUAGAGUAUUUGAACAUGAGGUUUCUGAGAUAGUCUUUGAAAUUGAUGUAGAAAAAGAGAGAGUGUUAACAGUAGAUGACAUACCGGAAGAAGAAUAUGAUUUUUUAGAGUAUUUGGUGGACUCCAUUGAUCAUGAGCUUGAUGAGAUUGAGGAUUUGGUGGACUCCAUUAAUUAUGACCUUCAUGAGCAGGACUCUGAAUAUAGUUGUCCGGCACCACAGGUGCUUUUGGAGAGCAUGGUGACGGAGGUGUUUCACAGUACUGAAGAAGAGGGCAUGGGUUGUGUCAUAUGUUUAGAAGAGCUUGUUUCCGGCACAGAGGUGAAGCGUUUGCCAUGCUUUCAUUGCUUUCAUGGACAAUGCAUUGAUCGUUGGUUUCAAGAAAUGGAUAAAUGCCCAAUGUGUAGAUUCACCUUGCCUGCAUGA